AUGUUGGAAAGAUUUGUGGAAUUAGAAGAGAGCCUACGGUCGACAAUAGGACUUCUAGAUAUUGCAUUUCCUUCACUUUCUGCUGAAGAAUGGGUAAUCCUAAAGGAACUCUGCCUAAUACUUGAACCGUUUGAAAAUGCUACUAAAUGUGUAAGUGGUGAGCAGUACAUUUCGGCAUCAUUGGUUAUAGUUUUAACGCGAGGUCUUCUUAAUGUUUGUGAUAAAUUUUUAAUCGACAAUUUUAACAUCUUAAGCAUAGAUAUUAUAAACUGUUUACAAAACGGUAUUCGUUCCAGAUUAGGAAAUAUUGAAUAUAGCAAUACGCUUGCUAUUUCUACUUUCUUAGAUCCCCGUUUUAAAGAAUUCGGAUUUAAAAAUAUUGACGCAGUUGAAAAAAUAAAGAAAACUGUUAUUGCCGCGCUAACUGAAAAUAUAAAUAAUAAUAAUAAAACUAAUGAAACCAUUUUAGAAACGCAAACACCAAUAGAAAGCGAUAUCGCAUCUUCGGCACCCCCGCAUAAUAACGGUAGUGCUAAUAAAUCUAAAUUAUACUCCCUGUGGGCCUCGCUUGACGAGAGUGUGUCAAAUUUCAGGCCCAAACACACUGGUAACUCCAGAGCCAUUAUGGAAGUUCAAAGAUAUGUGGAGGACGAGGUGCUGGGCCGGAACUUCCCAGGCGAUCUGUCCCUCAAUAUGCUUGCAGAGAUUAUUGAUCCUCUUAUAAACUCAGGAGCUAGAAACAAACUGAUGCAGAAGGUAAUUUAG